CCUGUCAUCAUUGAGUGUGAGGACACAACUUCUGCAAAAGCUUGCAUCACCCGCUGGUGGGAGGACCUAGAGAGGGACUUUCCUUGUCCAGUCUGUCGAAAGACCUCCCGGUACCGCAGUCUCCGGCCUAAUCGUCAACUAGGCAGUAUGGUGGAAAUUGCCAAGCAGCUCCAAGCUGUCAAGCGGAAGAUCCGGGAUGAGAGCCUCUGCCCUCAGCAUCAUGAGGCCCUCAGCCUCUUCUGCUAUGAGGACCAGGAGGCUGUAUGUUUGAUAUGUGCAAUUUCCCACACCCAUCGGGCCCACAACGUCGCACCACUGGACGACGCCACACAGGAGUACAAGGAAAAACUGCAGAAGUGCCUGGCGCCUCUGGAGCAGAAGCUGCAGGAGAUCACCCGCUGUAAGUCCUCAGAGGAGCAGAAGCCUGCAGAGCUCAAGAGACUGGUGGAGAGUCGCCGACAGCAGAUCCUAACGGAAUUUGAAGAGCUGCACAGGCGGCUGGAUGAAGAGCAGCAGACGUUGCUGUCGCGACUGGAGGAGGAGGAGCAGGACAUUCUGCAGCGCCUCCGAGAAAAUGCUGCGCACCUAGGAGACAGACGCCGCGACCUGGCCCACCUGGCUGCUGAGGUGGAGGGCAAGUGCUUGCAGUCGGGCUUCGAGAUGCUUAAGGAUGUCAAAAGUACCCUGGAAAAAUGUGAAGAGGUGAAGACCAUGGAGGUGACUUCAGUAUCCAUACAGCUUGAAAAGAACUUCAGCAGUUUCCCCCGACAGUACUUUGCCCUAAGGAAAAUCCUUAAACAGCUAAUUGCGGAUGUGACCCUGGACCCUGAGACUGCUCAUCCUAACCUAGUCCUGUCGGAGGAUCGUAAGAGCGUCAAGUUUGUGGAGACAAGACUCCGGGACCUACCUGACACACCACGGCGCUUCACCUUCUACCCUUGCGUCCUGGCUACUGAGGGCUUCACCUCAGGCCGACACUACUGGGAGGUGGAGGUGGGCGACAAGACCCACUGGGCAGUGGGUGUGUGCCGGGACUCUGUGAGCCGAAAGGGCGAGCUGACCCCACUGCCUGAGACUGGCUACUGGCGGGUGCGACUGUGGAACGGAGACAAAUAUGCAGCCACUACCACGCCUUUUACUCCUUUGCACAUCAAGGUGAAACCCAAGCGGGUGGGCAUAUUCCUAGACUAUGAGGCCGGCACACUGUCUUUUUACAAUGUCACAGACCGCUCCCAUAUCUACACCUUCACUGAUACUUUUACUGAGAAACUAUGGCCCCUCUUCUACCCAGGCAUCCGGGCUGGAAGGAAGAAUGCUGCACCACUUACCAUCAGGCCCCCGACAGAUUGGGAGUGACAGGGAGGGAUGAGGCAGGAUCAAGAGCUAUGGGCCUUCCUUCCCGUGACCUGCUGGAGCAGCUUCGCGUCUGCCUGUUCCCACCCUGAACCAUCUGGGAGAAGCGCCUGGGUUUCUAGAGUGGUUUAUGUGGAAGCGUAGGUAGGACUGGUCUGGAGUGAGAGCACAGCUAUGUCUCCUCCUGUCGAGUGGGGAGUAGGUUCCCAGGGACUCUCCCCUGAAGCUCAUCAGGUUUUCUAUUGCACAGGAUGGGUUGGGAAGGGAGGAGGGGCUUUUCCAGAAGCAAAAAGUCUGUGGGAGGGUAUGACAUACUCAAACCAGAGGAGGAAACAGAAGCCCCUGUGCAUUUUUUAGGGGGCUCUGACGCAGAAUAGUUAUGUUUCUUGAGGAAGAGCAUAGAGGCACGUAAACCUCUAGAUUGAAAUAAAAAUGAAUGACAGUUGCUCUCAUGGAUCUAGGAGUUGAGGACCCACAAGAGCAAAGAUUUUUUUGUGGGCAAAGAUUGGGCAUCAAGAGGUUAGAAAGAAGGUCCAGGAAGGGGCUACAGGAGCAGAUCCCUAGGUUCUAAUGAAGGAGGGGGGUUUCUCUGGUCAUCUAUUCCCAGAGUAAGGCUGCCAUUAUGAGGUGGCUUGGCCAGAGGUAGCAACGUGGGGAGGAGAGGGUGAGAAGGAGGAAGCGGAGGACCCAGGCUCCUGUCUCAGCCUUCAGCAGAGCUGGCUUAUUGCCUGCCUCCUUAGAGUCGAUCGUCUCUGAGAAGUUGGUCACAUUGUUCUUCAGGGAUGAGUUGCCAGAGAUCCUGCAAGACAGUCUGCCCUUUUACUGCUUUCCCAAGGGAAUUUGGGAAGGCGAGAGUCCGGUAUUGGCGGAAAGAGAACAAUAUUUCUAUCCAAAGCUCUUGCCUUAAGGAAUGUUACUAAAUAGUUACUCCCAAGUUGUCAGCUUUCUUACCUGGAUCAAGUGUCUAAGCCAGAAAAGGAGAGAGGGAAUAGAGUCUUCCUCACCCUGAGGAAAGGGUAGAAGAGGGUGGUGUGUGUAGGGAAGGACCAGAUUGGCAGCUUCCUUGUGCCUGCACACACCUGGCCUGGAACUAGUGUUCCCAGAGCCAGUCUUUGCUUGUUGGCUGCCAUCCCUCACCGUUUGCCAUUUCCCCAUCAGAGAAUGUACGUCAUUUAAUGUUCGGCCAAAAUAAUCCGUAGGGUACAUGUCAAAAGAGGUAAAGCGAUGCAUGCCAGACCAAAUCGACACGACUUGAGCCAUCUGCUGUUCAGGUAAUGGGGUUCACAGAAGGUUAGUGAGGGCAUUUCAGUUCCUCCAACCACCUCAACAGGACUCUGUCCAGAUUCUCCUCUUACCUUUGUGCCUUGACUGUGGUUCUUUGUGGCAAGAUGCUUUGGUUGGUAAACAAUAUGGAACAAAGGAUCCACUCACGUGA